AUGCAGAAAUUUUCCUAAUAUCUCUAGCCAUUUAAUUCCUUUUAACUAUUAUUUAAUUUAUUUAAGAUAAGACAAACUCAAUUGGUUAAUUUUCAAUUAUUAACUUUUUUUAGAGUAUUGUUGAGUUAUCUACACUUAUCUUUACAACCUCAGAUUAUUAAGAAAUAAACAUACUUUAUUCAUUAUUUGUUCUGCUAUAGCAAAUCCAAAACUUUUUACCAUAUUUAUAAAGCUUACAAGACCCUAGCUAAAAUCAAAAUAAUAACUAAAUCUAAAAUUAGAAUGAAGCUCAAAACAAAUAAAAUGGUGAAUUUAGUUAUGCCUUCUUUAUUAUCUUUAACUGCAUUCCAAUCUUUAUUUGUAUAAGCUUGGCAAAUGAUUAAAAUUUAAAAAUAGUAUCAACUAUAAGACUGA